UUCUAUGAAAGUCUUCACAUUUUUCAUGAACUAUAAGUUGUGCAAUAGCAAAGCACUUCAUAAUUAUUUUGCUCAUCAUCAAUCAAUAUCAUAAUAUAUCUUAACUAGAGUAAGCAUGAGUAAUUUGAAGCCCACAUUGAGUUUUGAACAAGGAUGGCCUAUAUUGCAAGAGGAAGCUAUCAACAAAGUUAUCCUCCUUGUUGAAGAAGGCCACACUUCCAACCAAUUCACUUCUGAAGAGUAUAUGCAUUUAUACACAACAGUGUAUAACAUGUGUGACAACAAUCCAGCUGGCCCUGAAGCUCAAAAACUGUAUCAGAAGUAUAAGAAAUCAAUAGAAGACUAUGUCUCCACAAAGGUAGUUCCAUCUAUUCAGGGGAAGAAAGACGAUGUCUUGCUGCACGAACUUGUUAAGAGGUGGAAUAAUCACAAAAUCAUAACCAGGUGGCUUUUCAGAUUCUUUCAUUACCUUGACAGACACUUAGUGCCUAGAAGGAACCUCCCUUCUCUUCAAGAAACUAGCCAUUUGACUUUCUAUGAAUUGGUCUAUGGUGAAAUGAAUGAUGGAGUGAGAGAUGUUGUCAUAUCUUUGAUUAAUAGAGAACGCGAAGGAGAGCAAAUAGAUCAGGCCUUAGUGAAGAACAUUUUGGAUAUAUAUGUAGAUAUAGGUGGAGACACCAUGAAGUAUUACGAGAAAGAUUUUGAAGAAUCGAUGAUGAAAGAUUCUGCUGUAUUCUAUUCUAAGAAAGCCUCAUAUUGGAUUGCAAGCAAAUCUUAUGAGGAGUACAUGCUGAAGGCCGAGGAAUGCUUGAAUGACGAGGAAAGGAGGGUUCAAAGUUAUUUGAAAGACGGUAGCAAACAUAAGUUAUUGGAGGUUUGUAAUAGGCUGCAUCGUUGUAUUCUUUACAUUCUGAUGCAUAUUGCAGAGUUAGUAUAUGUUGUUUUAGACUAUCUUUGACACAGUGGUAGACCUAGAAUUUUCACGUUCAAGUAGGAACUGAACUCGAGUUGCUUGGACAAAAUGAACCCUCUUCAUAACUAGGCUAAGCAUCACUCUUGUGCUAAAUGGAGUCAAAAUUUAAUAUACACCUAUAAAAUUUCAAAAACUGAUUAAAUGUACACAUAUAUACUGUGUUAUUUUUCAACGAAUGGGUUCAUAUGAACCCACUUGACCCACUGUAGGUCCGCCCCUGCUUUGACGUAUCUAUAAAUGCAAUUUUUAUCAGCCAUCUAAUUGAACAAAUGAUCAUGAUAUAUUCUUACAAGUGAUGAAGAACUCACUCUAA